AUGACUACAGUGCCUGUUAACCGAGAGAAAGGUGUACUAGGCCAACGAAAUAAGGAUCUGGGGGCAAUGUGGACAUCACUACCUGAUGAUCAUGCACGAGUUUUCAAACCUCAUAUUUUUUAUACUCUAUCUGGCCUUCCUAAACCUCAAUCCGAGGAUGAUAGCGAUGAUGAUCCCGAACCUGAUGAAGUGUUACAACCUGAGGAGCUAGUGAAACUACAGGAAUUAUAUGAUGAGAUCGUUUGUAAAGACAAAGUUGCAAAGGUUUAUGCAAAGGUUGCUGCAGGUAUGCCGCAAGGGACUUCACUUCCAGAAUUCAACCGCAAGUCUCUCAAAUGUGUCGACCGCCUUCACAAACAAUCGAACCGAAUGGAAUUCGGGUACUAUCUCAUUGCUUCAGGUACUCACGCAGCUACCAAUGGACAGGCAUCUGAACCCGGAUGGUGUCGCGAAUACACUUCUCACCCUGAUAUGGCCAAUUAUCUUCACACCAAGGCGAAUUUCUCAACAAUAUUUGCAACUCACACCCAAGGUCUUUCUGUCAACGAGGCUGUUGCAAAGCAAAUCGGUCACCAACCAACUUCAAAGCCAGCAAAGCAAGCCUCACCUGGAGAUCUAUUAAAAGGCAAUUUAGCUCGCAAGCUCCGUUCUGAAAUAGACAACUUGCUGAAAAUCGAAUCUCGAGGAUUUCCUCGUGGACCCGACCCUGUUAACCUUUUACCAAGCAAGUAUCCAAAACUGGAACUCAUCCAGCUUCCGGGGUCGACGCUUACAAGUGAGAAGUUAAAGAUAGGCUUUGACAAAAUGACCAGUAGCACUCGCCAGCUUUGGCUCAAUGACUUUUUAAACGGGAAAUUCAAGAUUAAGAUCAAAAGCGUGCCUGGUGCAGAUGAAAUCGAGGCAGUAGGAGGAAGCAAUAUUGAUGAUGAUAAUAGAGAAAGUGGUCUUGCUCAAGGUAAUAACGGUCUGGAUGUAGGUAAUAACAAUCAAUCACCAAACGUUGGAAAUGAGCUCAAUGAUAAAUAUAGUCACGAGGAAGAAGAGGAAGAGGAAUGGGGGGGUAUUGAUUUAAGUUCUUUUGUGCCCUUGUAA